AUGUCGUUUGGGUUUUCUGUCGGCGACUUCAUCGCAGUAGGCAAACUGAUCAACGACAUCGUUAAAUGCUUACAGUCAGUUGGGGGUGCGAAGUCAGAGUACCAGGAGAUGAUCCGAGAGUUCGAAAUACUUACCAAGGCCCUGGUCCAUAUCGAUCAUCUCAAAGCCGCCGACGAACAAAUGACAGCACAACUGAACUACAUCAAAUUCGCGGCACUCAGCUGCCGGUACCAACUACAGGAUUUCAUGACUAAGAUGAAGGAAUAUGACAGCUCGCUGGGCAUUAAAGCUCGGAUGGAUAUGAUGAGGAAAACAGCACGCAAGUUGCGAUGGUCUUUCGGUCCUUCAGGCGACAUUAAACAGCUGCGAAUGUAUCUGAAUACACACGUUGGCACGAUAAACAUGUUGCUUGCGCAAUACGGCCUGGAGCAGAUGACUUCGGCCGGCGUGAAGUCAGAGGAACACUUUAUGCAGGUUAGCAGGAAAUUGGACAAGAACCAAGCACUUCUUGUGGAUGUCAAAAGCGACACGUCAGAUAUAGGUACCUCUUUGGGCCGACUGCUCGCAGCGAUACGGGAAAAUCGAUCAAAUACAUACCAGCAUGCUUGA